GGGUUCGUCAGACUGAACCAGGAGGUUUAAAUGAUCUGACGGCAGCUGCAGAGAAACAUUCAACAACCAGACUUUACACAGAGGAAGGACGGAAGAAACAAAGAUGGGACGACUCGGUUUACUCGUCUGUCUCGGUGUGAUUCUUGUGGCUUCGGCUGUGAACGCCGUAAUCGACCCGAGGGGAGCUCGUCCGGUGGAGCAGGGCACCCGAAGCAAUAAAUGCGAAACUCAGAAGGAAUGGCCUUUCUGCACAUCUGAUGAAUGGGGCUCUAAAUGUCCUUCGGGAUGCAGGAUCCAGGGUCUGAUGGAUAAAUACGACCACAGCCUGCUGAAGAGAAUCGAGAAGAUCCGAAGCCUCCUGGAUCAGAACAAAGCCAAGCACCGCUCUGCCGACCAGGUGUCCAAACAGACAUACGACUACCUGAAGGAGAAACUCAUUGUGGACUCUGGUAAUGACAACAGCUACUACGACCUGGCCCAGAAUCUGCGUCAGAGAAUCAUAGACUUGAAGAUCAAGAUCGACAGACAGCUGAGGGUCCUGAGCGCUCUGAAGGAUCGCGUCAAAGACCAGGUCAUCGAGAUGCAGAGGCUGGAGGUGGAUAUCGACAUUAAGCUCCGCUCCUGCAAAGGAUCCUGCAAGAGCUACUCCGAGUACCAGGUGGACCGGGAGAGCUACGUGGAGCUGAACAAACAGGUUGACCAGCUGGCUGCCCAUGAUGCUCAGAACAUCGAGACUGUAAGCACACUUUAUGUGAUGAAGAGCAGGCCGCUGCAGGGUGUGGUUGUGCCCCCCCACUACAAGUCCGGGGUCUCGGGUGCCAGCGUAGCAGGACAACAGAGAGAAGACUUGUUCCCUGAGGUGAAAACUGUCCAGUUGGUCCUAGAACAGGAAGGCUCCAGCUCAUCCCCAGCUACCAUCUCCAAGGAUCAAGGUACUUCCUCCACUCAGUCUAGACCCUCAUCAUCGUCCACGCACUACUCCUCCUCCUCUUCCUCCUCCUCCUCCUCCUAUCAGCCCUCCUCGUCAUCCAUCACUGAGAUUGGGGGAGGGGGUGGCGGCGGCCAUUUCUUUGGCCCAGGCCCAGUACAACCUCAGCCCAGUACAAGCCACACGACCACCAGAAUUGAGGGAGGGGGUGCUGGUCAUUUCUUUGGCACAGGCCCAGUACAACCUCAGCCCAGUACAAGCCACACAACUACCAGAACCACCUGCACCAAGACCAUCAGGAGGACCAUCGUCCACACGAAGGACGGGCCGGUGGAAAGGACAGAGGAAGUGAUGGGCGGAGGCCCUGAGUGCCAGGGGUUAGACCUCACUAAAGGAGGAAUGGGCUCCUUCUUCCCCAGCCUCAGCCACGUGUCCACUUCCUCUUCCUCUUCCUCUUCCUCUUCCUCAUUGAGCACCAAGGCCGUCCACACCGGUGGUGCCAAGGGAAGCCUCUUUGGAGAUCACAAAACUGGGUUUGGGGAUCCAUUUGGCUCAGACUUCGGCGCAUUCAGGACGGACAACACAGAAGAUGAUAUUCCCGAUUUCCACGCCCGGAGUGUGAAGAGCACACGUGUUGAGCGUCAAGCCGGUUAUGUAGGAAAAGAUUGUGUUGAAGCCUACCAGAACCACCUGAAAGGGGAAACGAACGGCCUGUUUAAGAUCAAACCCGGCGGCACGGACUCCACAGAGGUAGUGGAGGCUUACUGCCAGCAGGAAGGGUUAAUGGGUGGGUGGUUGUUAGUACAGCAAAGAGAGAGUGGUGUGCUCAGCUUCAAUCGCACCUGGGCUGAAUACCGCAAAGGGUUUGGCUCAGUCAAUGCGCAGGGCAAGGGGGAGUUCUGGCUGGGCAACCAGAACCUCCAUCUACUGACUAAUCAGGGUGAGACUAUGUUGAAGGUGGAAUUGGAGGAUUGGGAAGGGGGCAUAGCCAGUGCUGAAUACAUUGUCAGGGUUGGUUCUGAGGAGGAGGGGUACCCGCUGCAUGUUUCCGGUUACACUGGGGAUGCCGGAGAUGCUCUGAUAAUGUCUAGGUCUGAUAUGGCUUCUUACCUGUCUCACAACGGCAUGAAAUUCAGCACCUUUGACAGUGACAAUGAUAAGUGGGAGGAGAAUUGCGCAGAAAUGUACGGGGGCGGGUGGUGGUACAACAACUGCCAGUCAGCUAACUUAAAUGGGAUGUAUUACAGAGGCUCAUACGACCCAGAGAAAAAUACGCCAUAUGAGAUUGAAAACGGAGUUGUCUGGGUCACAUACAAACCGGCCACUUAUAGCUUGAAAACUGUGAGAAUGUUUAUCCGACCGGCUGCCUUUUAAUGGGAAGCAGAGAAGGGGAAAAUGUAGGAAAAACCUGCCGAAAAUAUAAAAUAAAGACUUUCUUUCCAGGCACAAAAAAAAAGAGAAUAUAUUAAGAUAAGUAAAAUAGAAGAGCCCAUUACAACAUGCUGAAGCUAAGGAUGAAUAAAUAUUUGAGGACAAAGGUCUGAAGUGGUUUACGGCCUGUCAGACCUUGCAGACUGUUGAUCUGUUCGUAAAUCAUUAUGGGAUUUCAAAAUCAUGUCAAACAGUGCCAGUGUGCUAACAUGUAUUUUUCUUAAGUCUAAUUUUUUUCCACACUUUGUGUAAACGUCAUUGACCUGCUUGCUAUCGUUAUCUAACCAGUCUUCCUCAGUGUUGUCCCUGUUGCUCAACUCUGUACAAAGCAAUGACUGAACUCUGCUCAAUCAAUAAAGAUUCAAUGUUCACUUCA